AAUCUUUUCCAGCUGAAAACACCCUUUCGUGUUCUCUCCCUCUUUCGCGAGCUUUUGCCCUUCUAGGGUUUUUGGAGAAAACCAGUGGGAAACCCUAAACUUCGAUUAAAAUGGGAAAGUGUCCAAACAGGAAGGUAAAGAAGCGAAGACUCUCUCACAAGACGGCUCGCCGCACCAAAUUCCUUGUCAAAGGUGACGAUAUGGUCUAUGAUCAGUUGCAGAAGCCAGAAGUGGACAAGAAUUCCUUGCCCCUCGAUGAGGAUUUGCCCGGGAUGGGCCAGUAUUACUGCUUCCACUGCGACCGGUAUUUUGCAAAUGUGACAGUAAGGGAUGAACACUUCAAGACCAAACGUCACAAGAAGCGAGUGAAGGAGAUGAUGGGUCCUGCACCACAUACUCAACUUGAUGCCGAACUGGCUGCUGGAAUGGGCAUGCCAGACAAUGGUCCAAAACUCAUGUCAUUGUGACAUUCCAUAAAAUCCUGGGGAAAAUCUUGGGAUUCCAUUAAAAUUUUGUUUUGUUUCUUUGGAAUCCAACUCGUUCUCUAAAUAUAGAGGUUUUUGAUAUUUCAGAUACAGAGGACUGCACUGUCCAUGAGGAACUAAAUUAGCCCAAUUUUGCAGUGCAGGUCCUUUGCUUCUUAUAUGUACUUUUUUUUAAUCUCUUGUACUUUAUGUACAACUAUAGAGCAUACCACUAUGUCUCUAUAUGUCUUCAAAUUCAUUUAUAUUAUGGUUUAGGGGUCGAAAAAAAUAAAUUUCGGAUC